AAUCUUCCAAUGUGACAUAACCGCAAAAGUGGGUUAUCUAACCUCACAAAAAAUUUGAAAAUGAACAUCGGUGUUAAUCUGUCUAGAUUAAUUAAACACACGAUUUUCCCAAAAUUUAGCAAUUUAGUGCGAACAGCAUUCAGCGAUAAAUACUUAUUGUACACGAAUGUGGCCAUAUCCAUCUCAUUAUCAGGUCUUGGCGAUGUUCUCGAACAGAACUACGAAAUCCUCACUGAAGAAUUAGAAACGUGGGACCCGAAACGUACCAGGAUGAUGGCACUGUCCGGUUGCGGGGUUGGUGUCGUGUGCCAUUAUUGGUACCGCGUCCUGGACCGAACUCUACCCGGUUACACGAUACGGACGGUGUGUAAAAAAAUAGUGGUGGAUCAGAUGAUCGGGUCGCCGUUGGCAAUUUCCACGUUCUUUUUGUCGUGUGCCUACUUGGAGGGCUCGUCAAUGAACCAGUUUGUUGAGGAGGUCAAAGCUAAGGCUUGGAGGUUAUAUGCUGCUGAAUGGAUGAUUUGGCCGCCUGCUCAAUUUAUUAAUUUUUAUUGGUUGUCUACUAAAUAUAGGGUGUUAUUUGAUAACACUAUUUCUUUAGGGUAUGAUGUUUAUACAUCUAAAGUUAAAAAUUGUCAACAUGAUAGUGAUAGAAGUAAAAAAGAUCUAAAUGCUGAUAGCACAUAAUUGAUUUGUAAAUGAAUUCUAGUUAAAUUGUAUCAUAUGUAUAGUAAUUUAUUAUAUUUGUUUUAUACAAAUUUUUACAUGUAUUAUAUUAUGUGACACUGCCAAAUUUAGCAUUUUCAAGUAUAUGUGAUAAAUGUACUAUAUAUAUAUUUAUGAUUGCACUUAAAUGCUCAGGUUUAUAUUUAUUGUGAAGACAUAUAUAUCAAUACAAACUAUUGUUUGUAAUAUUUUAAUAAAUAAAACAAAACUUG